CGUCUCCGGCCUCUCCAGCCAUGGCCCUCUUCCACCGCUGGGCCACUUACCUGCAGGAUCCGGAGAAAGUUGCCCGUUUCCAAAGGCUGUGUGGCGUGGAAGCUCUCCUGGAUUGGGGGUCUGGCGCCUCCGAGGAGAAAAGAGGGCCCGACGUCUUCUUGACCAACGGGAGCUGCCCUGCAGAUGGCGAAGGUGACGGGAGACACCGGCUGCGGGGUGCCGGGGACGUUGGGGAGAAAGGCGAUGGGUGUCAUUCGAAUGGCAUGAAGAACGGGGUGGUUUCCGGGGAAGCAGAACCCCAGCAGGCUCCUCUGGAGGAAGGGAAGCCGCAGGGUUGGGGGGUGAAAAGGCAGCCCCGGCGGAACUCUCUGACGGGGGAAUCCAUGCCCCAAGCUUUCAGGAUCCACAGCCGCUUCUUCUACUAUCUCUUCACCCUGGGCACGGAGCUGGGCAAUGAACUCUUCUACAUCCUUUUUUUUCCUUUCUGCAUCUGGAACAUGGAUGCCUGGAUGGGCAGAAGGCUCAUUAUCAUGUGGGUCUGGGUCAUGUACGUGGGCCAGUGUACCAAGGACGUUGUCCGCUGGCCGCGGCCGGCCUCUCCGCCGGUGGUGAAGCUGGAGGUCUUCUACAACUCCGAGUACAGCAUGCCCUCCACCCAUGCCAUGGCUGGCACUGCCAUCCCUCUGACGCUGGUUCUGCUCAGCUAUGGACGGUGGCAGUAUCCAGUGUUAUACGGACUGGUUCUUGCUGCCUGCUGGUGUUUACUGGUUUGCUGUAGUCGAAUAUAUAUGGGGAUGCAUUCAAUUCUGGAUGUUAUCGCUGGAUUCCUUUAUGCUAUUCUCAUCCUGGCCAUCUUCCUUCCAGCUGUGGACCUAGUCGAUAACUUCAACUUAACCUACAAGUACGCGCCACUAAUCAUCAUCAGUCUUCACCUUGCCCUGGGGGUUUUCUGCUUCACCCUUGACACCUGGAGUACAUCACGGGGGGACACCUCUCAGAUCCUGGGCUGUGGAGCUGGAGUUGCUUGUGGCUCUCAUAUGAACUACAUUCUGGGUCUGAUGCCAGACCCUUCCCCAGAGAUGUUUCCCAUGCCAGUUCCCUCCUUCACCGUGACCAUCCUCGGGAAAGCCAUGCUGCGGUUGUUGAUUGGAGUGGUUAUUCUGUUGCUAAUCAAAACGGCCAUGAAGAAGGUCACCAUCCCUCUGGCCUGUAAAAUCUUCCGCAUACCUUACAGCGAUAUCCGACAAGCCCGGCAGCGUAUGGAAGUAGAACUGCCUUAUCGUUAUAUUACCUAUGGAAUGGUGGGAUUCACACUCAUGUUCCUGAUUCCUUCCCUGUUUUGCCUGAUGGGGCUUUCUUGA